AAUUUUUUAAUUUUUUUUGUAUAAAAAGGUCAACUUAAUUGAUAAAAAAGUGCACUUAUUUGCUGAAGUUCGUUGGAAAGAGUUUAGGCACGGUUAUACAAAAUGAAAUUAUCUGUUUUGAUUUUAGUGAUUUUGGUAUCUAUUGUGCGGGAUAGUUAUGCUAAUGCCAUUGGAAAUAGAAAUAACAACAAUUUAAAUAAUGACAACAAUUUACGAUCUGAAAGAGGCGCCAGAGGUUACCCCAGCAUAUCUAACUAUAACCCCAGCCCCUAUUGGAAAGGUGAAAAUAGUAAUGAAGCUGUUCAAAGCUAUUUAUUAGUUAGCAGUGACGAUAUCGCAAAUGGUGCGAUGACAAAUGUUGUGACUCGAUUAAAUAGUCCUGUUGGCUACGUAGUAGUUCCUUCUGGGGGUGCAGUGGGUAACAAUAAUCUCUUUAGCAAUGUUCUUCCAGGCAGAGGUUUUCAACGAAGUUCAGUAUUAGCAAAUAAUGGAUUAAAUAAUGGAGUACUACCUCAUCAAGGCCUUGUAGUUCUUAAUGGUGGCCGAAAUAUGGUUCCAGUAGGAAGAUUAAAUUCAAAUAAUGGAGCCUCAUCAUUAAUGUUGCUUGAUGGAAAUAAUCAAGCAAAGAAAUAUAAUCGUAUAGCAGCAGGUUCAGGGUCCAGAGCUUUGGAAGCUAAUAAUAACAAUGCCGUCAACAAUCCAGGUGCAGGUCAAACCUAUGUGCUAGUUACUGAUGAUGCAAAUAUAGAAGGAUAUGGAUCUGGAAGUUUAGGAUCUAGAAGUGUUGGGGCAGCAUCAGGAGGAGCAUCUUUUGUCAUAGUUACCGACGAUGGAAAUAACGCAGUUGCCAAGAAAAGUUUUUCUGCCGAUGAUUUGACUCUUGUUGUUGCGGACUCAGCAAAUGAAAAUGUUGCCAAUGUAGUUGGUCUAGGUGCAGGUUCCAGAAGUUUUGGAAACUCUGAUGCUCUAGCAAGUGUAUAUGCUGCGGAAGCCGAUAGCUCUUACGCAAAUGACGCUGCUACGACUGCAAGUGCAUAUAGACCAAGUACUGGUGCCAGAAAUUUUGGAAAUUAUAGAUUAAAUUCGUUUGGACCAGGAGCUGGUUACACCAAUGGCUUAAGAAAUGCAAAUGUACGAGUUUCAGGUGCCAGAAGUUUCGGAAAUUCUGGUUCAAAUUCAUAUGGAUAUGGAGCCGAAAAUUCAAAUGCAUAUGGCCCAGGAAUUGCAAUUGGAUAUGGACCAUCUGCAGGUGCCAGAAGUUACGGAUAUUUACCUUCAAACUCAUAUGCAGCCGGAGCUGGAAGUUCAAGAAGUUUAGACAACAAUAAUGCAUAUGGCCCAGGAAAUAUAAUUGGAUAUGGGCCACCUGCAGGUGCCAGAAGUUACGGAUAUUUAGCUUCGAACUUAUAUGGACCUGGAGCUGGAAGUUCAAGUAGCUUAGACAGCGCAAAUGUACCCGAUAAUGCAUAUGGCCCAGGAAAUGUAAAUGCAUAUGGUCCAGCUGCAGGUGCCAGAAGCUACCGAAAUUCAGCAUCAAACUCAUAUGGUCCAGGCGUUGGAAAUUCACAAGGCUUAGACAGUGAGUAUACAUACGGCCCAGAAAAUGCAGUUGGAUAUGGACCAGCUGCAGGUGCCAGAAGUUACGGAUAUUUAGCUUCGAACUCAUAUGGACCCGUAGCUGGAAGUUCAAGUAGCUUUGACAGCGAUAAUGUCUAUGGACCAGGAAAUACAAAUGCAUAUGUACCAUCUGCAGGUGCCAGAAGCUACGGAAAUUCAGUAUCAAACUCGCAUGGUCUAGGAGUUGGAAGUUCACAUGGCUUAGACACUGAUAAUGUAUAUGGUCCAGUAAAUGCAAACGCAUUGGGACACAUUGCAAGCGCCAGAAGUUUGGGAAAUUAUAAUUCAAAUUCAAACAGCCCUUCAGAAUCUGCCGGAAAUUCAAAUACAAAUAAGCAUGGUGCAGAAUCAGGAGCAGGAUCAGGAGCAAAGCAAGACAGCAAUGAUAAUAACUAAACAAAAAAAAAAAAAGUUAAUCAGCGAUAAUAUUGAAUACCGACCAUAGCCACAGUUUCAAGGACAAGAGCAAGACAAAUUAAUUUUAAGUUUUACAAAAUUAAUAUGAAAACAAAUUCAUAUGUUAUCUAUAUGAAUAAUUUCUAAAUAAUAAUUGCAACAUUCAA